GAAUCCACUGAUCCGUUGGUACUUAUCCGUGGGCGAGCGUUCGCUGUCUACUGGAGUGCAGAUGGCGCUACCAGCAGUGCAAUUGCUGGAAACGCCCAUACAACAGCUUGACAAGUUUCUCUGCAAAUCACUGGAUGUCGUGGAGAAGAGAGUGCCUUCUAUAUAUCUGCCACCUCAGAUGAUGUACUCAGAGACGCGUGAGUACGUGCUGCGCCGCGCUGACUCUGUGAAGCAGCUGGGCACGGCGGUGCUAGACUCGCGGAUGACGGCCGUCACCGCCACCGCGCUGGAGCGGGCUCUCACCACCGCUGAUAAAUACGUCGACAAGUAUUUACCACCGGAUUACCAAGAUGCAGCUGAUGUGGUGAUCAUAGUGACGAGCGCGGAGGGUGAGGGCGGCGAGGCGGGGGCGCCGUGCGAGGAGUCGGGGCGCGCAUGCGCGGCGCACGCGGUCAAGCGCGGUGCUAGACUCCGGCGCAAGUUGCAGCGCCGACUGACACGACAGGCUCUCGCUGAAGCCAAGGCCAUCAAAGAGCAGAUACACGUGCUCGUCUACGUCGCAGAACUGGUAGCGACAGACCCUGCUCUAGCAUGGAAGAAAGCGAAGCAAUUGUACGCAUCGCUGAGCUGCCCAGAGCCGGAAAACCAGGCGCGCCCUGCGACCCUUGAGGAGCUAGUGGUGCUGCUGGCGCGAGAGACCGCCAGGAAAGUCGUGCAUCUCGUCAAUUACACUCACACCGAUCUGCCCAACAACAUGCGUCAAGGAAUGUCGCUGGUAUCAAAACAUCUCUCGACCGCUGCUAACGCGCUGUUAAAGGCAUUACCGGUUGAUUCCGCGAUGUCCGAAGUUCGUAACUGGCGUUGCAAAGUACAGGCCUUGCUUCAUCAGUUGCAGGAGACUUCAAAAACUUAUUUGGAGCACCUCGCCAUUUUCUUAGCGGGCAACGAAGAGCGGGAAAAGAUAACGCCGCGUUCAACGUACGCGCAAAGAGACGAUUUGUCGGCAAUCAAUGGUGUCAAUUAAAAUUAAAUGUUUAAAAUGUUCAGAUGUAUUUAUAUUAUUAUUCGUAGAUAAUUAUCACUAUAGCCGAUGUAUCAUAAUAUAGUUCAACUAAUAUAAAAUGUAUAAGUAAUAUUAUGUAAUCUUGAUGUUUAAAUGGGUAUGAAUUAGAGCGAUAUUGCAAUAUCGUAUUACAAGACAAUGAAUGUUACAAUUACAGAUUUUAAAAUUAAUGUUACAAGUAAAUAAAACCUAAAAAAAAUGCUUGAUAAACAAAUUUAACCUUUAUUUAUUAUAUACGUCCACUUUUUACAAAUAGAGUACAUAUAGAACUGUGGCAACACUGGGCAACUCGCGGGAAAACCACUAAUAAAAAAGGCGUUACAAAUAUUGUUUGUAUACAUUACCCUAUUGGUAUUAUACUCUCAAACAUGACCACCCGAGCUCUAGAACUUCACUAAUCACACGAAAAAUCUUAUUAAACCUCUAGAGGUCAUAUAAACGCUUAAAACCUCUUUGGCCUCUUUACCAAUGGCUGGUUGAUGAGAUUUGGUAAGCACUAAUUGACAGUUAAAUAAUGACAGUGUAAUAUGAAAUAGUAAUAGGAAAUCUAUUAUUUUAGAUAAGUAAAAUUUAAGUUAUGUUGUAAGCAAACAAGAGAAAUCUUUGUAACCGGCAGUUCUCUCAUUGGCUAUUGUUAAAUUAAUGAAAUAAGCAAUGUCGUUGGUAUAUAAGAAAAUCCACAGUGUGCUUUCCAUGGACCCCAAACAUUUAGAGGAAAAAGGACUCACAGUAGAAGAUGUAGAUAAGAAAUGGAGACACCAUGUAGUUAUUUGGUUAAUGAUAAUCGCUAUAAUUUUCUGGAUAUGCACAUAUGUAACAGUUUUGGCGAUACUAACGUUUGUUGACUUUGGCAUUUCUACAAGAACGAUUCUAAGAGAGGCUUUAUUUUGUACAAAUGGCACAUAUAGAACCUGAUGUGAAAAAUUCUUUACUAUGUGUGAGUUUUAAUAUUUGUGGUUGUUUUUGUUGUACAGUACAUGCGGAUAUUAUUUUAA